AUGCCCUCUUCUUGCAAAGAAAUCCGUGCUGCUCUCGCCAACUGCUUACAGAACAGUGACUGUAUCCUCGUCGAGCGGCAUACCCCAGUCGAAUGUCUGACACCUCCUCUUCUUGACACUCUGCCCACGCAAUGCCAACAACUGAAGCGAGGCCUUGGGCAGUGCAAGCGAGGAUUGGUGGAUAUGCGCAAACGGUUCAGAGGCAACCAACCCAUCAGUGUCUCGCAGGAAUUGGAGGGUGGCGGAGGCACUCAGAUUAAGGGAGCAGGUGGUGGGGGUGGGCAGCUCUACGGAGGACGACCAGCUUUCAAAGCGGUCAAGGAAAGAAGUGGUCUAGAGCCGGAAAAUCAGAUGGAUCCGGAGAAGACUAGGGGUCUGUAG